UUCCGGUAGCUGCAACCCGACAUGUGAUUGGGGAAACGGAGACAUACAAGAAUACACUAUAUCCAGUGUUGCUGCCCCCGGAACUAAGGUCUUCAUAUCCGUGCAAGCAUACGUGUUAUACGAGGGUUUUGAGAAAUUUACGGGAGACAAAGUUGAAUUGUGGUUUGGUACCAAGCCAGAAAGAGCUAUUGUUACUCACUCAACGACUACAACUGGAGUUUUCCUAACCAUGUCUCUGCCCAGGGGAAGAACGGACGGAUGGAAAGUGACCUCCCUUAGCGCAGGAUCUUGUACAUCACCGUGCGAGCUGGGAGAAACUACGACCAGUCAUGAAGUUCAAGGAUUCAUUCCGGGAUCUCUACAAGAGAUAUCGGUUGUUACCCACAUAGCAGUUCCCGUUUACCCCAGGAUACAAGGAGAGGCGUACAAUUUCUUCGUAACUCUGAUUCCGGCCACGCCUACCUGGACUGCGUCUCCAUCCUCUACUAGUGAUAGCAUCACAGUCUACUACUCAGUGGAACAUCAGAUAAGCGGAGUUCACCUUGACUCAGAUUUUGGUAGCUGCAUUUCCGUUUGCGACGCUAGCGGUUUAACAACAUACACAGUAACUGGAAUUGAUCCUGGAACAGUCACCAAGAUAGGCGUUCAGGCAUUCAUAUUCCAUGGUUCUCAACACGGUCGACAUUUUGGAGAAAAACUAGAACAAGACUAUGCGACAAAGCCAGUGGUACCGUCAGCAGUCAAUUUUGCUAAUACUGAGACUACUAUUUCCAGCUCAUUUGUUCAAUCUGCUGGACAUGCAAACGGAUGGCUUGUGACCUCAUCAGGUGGAUCAUGCACGGCCGGUUGUACGGUUCAAGCCUCGAGUCCUCACGUAACUAUUAGCGGAUUGCUCCCAGGCACAGAGUAUAGUAUAACAGUGGAACCCUUCGCAACAGUCUCAGCUGGAGUCACAGUAAUGGGCGUAGUUUAUCAGAGUGCUUGGUCAACAGCACCCCCUGCAGGAUAAUAAUGACACCAGGUGACCUUGGGACACAUGGCGUUUUGAGUGGAUGAAUGUGACAAAAAGCAAUCAGCAUUGGGCUACCCAUUCAACAUAUACGGACAAUAUCUGUUCCGGAUCUGCUACAUGCACUCAUACUUUGAAUGUUCUGCCUCGACCGCGUUAUAAAUACAGUGUACCCGAUCCUCUGCCACAUAGUUCAUAAAGAAUUUUUUAUGACAUUACGAGUUGAUUAUAUUUCAUGACAAGGCUUAUGACCAUACAAGUUUAAAAUAUAUAUAUUAAU